AUGAAUGACACUGGAUGUAUACAUUUGAACAAUUUUAAAGCAGCAAAGGGGACAAAUCCCUACAAAAUAGUACAUGCAUUUUUUGUGUCAUGCACUUCCUACGAAGCUAGAAGAUAUAAGGCUACAUCAUGUCUAUGCUUUACCUGUGGAAAGGCAGGUCCCAGAAUGCAUUCAUGCCUUCAUUGUAUUUUUUUUGCUUGUUACAAUGGACACAUACAGGAUCAUUCCAAGUCUAAAAAGCACUUCCUAUAUGUUGAUCUCAGUUAUGGUAAUGUGUUUUGUGCCCAGUGCCAAGAUUACAUCUAUGACAGAGAAUUGACUGAACUAUCAAGGAAUUACAGGGUGAAAGAAGCUAAAGCUCUAGGUAUCAGUGUGCCAUACACACCGUGGCUGCCUAACAAUAAUGAAGUAAUGGCUCUCAGAAGAUUGCGUAAAAGACGUCUCAUAAGUCCUCACACCACCAUCGGUCUUCGUGGAUUGCAGAACCUUGGAUCAACGUGCUUCAUGAACUGCAUUGUUCAGACUUUAAUCCAUACACCCCUGUUACGAGAUUAUUUCCUGGGCGAGAAGCACAAAUGCAAAACCCAGGGCUCCGGUAAAUGUCUCGUUUGCGAGGUUUCGAAGCUUUUCCAGGAGUUCUAUUCGGGUGCGAAGACCCCUCUGACCUUGCAUCGUUUGCUUCACCUUAUCUGGACACACGCGCGUCACCUGGCGGGCUAUGAACAACAAGACGCUCACGAGUUCUUCAUAGCGACGCUUGACGUCUUACACAGACAUUGCAUGAACGGCGUCGAAGACACUGAGAAGAAAGAAAACGGUCGAUGUAAUUGUAUCAUAGAUCAGAUAUUCACGGGCGGGUUACAGAGUGAUGUAGUGUGUACAUCGUGUUCAGGGGUCUCGACAACUAUAGACCCUUUCUGGGACAUAAGUCUUGAUGUAGCCGGUCCCGGCUCACUACAAGCCUGCCUCGAGAGAUUCACUAGAGCAGAACAUCUCGGCUCAGCUGCAAAAAUAAAAUGCUCCAACUGCCGAGCCUACCGCGAAUCCACCAAACAAUUAACACUAGAAACACUGCCCAUAGUAGCAAGCUUCCACCUCAAGAGAUUCGAGCAUUCCUCACAGAUAGACAGGAAGAUAUCCGCCUUCGUCUCAUUCCCCGCUGAACUGGAUAUGACGCCGUUCAUGUCCACUCAUAGAAGAGCCGUGGAGGCUGCUGAUAAUAACAACGCUCCCGAAGGAGUCUUUGAAGAUAAUCGUUACUCGUUGUUCGCGGUCGUCAACCACCUGGGGUCAUUGGACGCUGGUCACUACACCGCCUAUGUGAGGCAGAUGAAGGGGAGCUGGUUCAAGUGUGACGAUCAUAUGAUAACACGCGCCUCCUUGAGGGAAGUACUGGAUAGUGAAGGUUACCCUGAUCUUAGCUUCUGUUCAAGAGUUGUGAAUUAUCAUUGUUGGUCUUAUAAAUAA